ACUGACGUGUCCCUGCCAAUGGCCAACACGCACGGUUGUAAAUUCAUGGAAAAUGGAGCGUGCUCUGCAUCUCUGAACACUGCACUCUCGGGUUGAAUUUCCGAACAUACCCAUGAUGUUGAGGUCAAACAGUCACAUUGCUUAUGGGUACUUAUGGCCACUUAAGUGCAGCAGAAUUGCUUUUGUGACCUUGGCCAGAUCUGUGCCUGUCUCUGAGCACUUUAGACAGUUCCUUUGACCUCAUGAUUCUCAUUUGCUCUGACAUGCACUGUGAGCUGUAAAGUCUUAUAUAGACAGGUCUGUGGCUUUCCUAAUCAAGUCCAAUCAGUCUAAUCAAACACAGCUGGACUCCAAUGAAGGUGUAGAACCAUCUCAAGGUUGAUCGGAAGAAACGGACAGCACCCGAGUUAAAUAUAUCGGGGUCACAGCAAAGGGUCUGAAUACUUAUGGCCAUGUGAUAUUUCAGUUUUUCUGUUUUAAUAAAUGUGGAAAAAUUUCAACAAUUCAGUUUUUUUCUGUCAAUAUGGGGUGCUGUGUGUGCAUUAAUGAGGAAAAAAAUGAACUGCAAUGACUUUGGCAAAUGGCUGCAAUAUAACAAAGAGUGAAACAUUUAAGGGGGUCUGAAUACUUUCUGUACCUGUAUCUUGCACCUUCUCCACUCUCCCGUUAUCUUUUUUGUAAAAACCCCAAAAGACCCAUGCUUUCUUAAUUUUUCUGCAAAACAGGAAUUUCCAACCUAGCUGUUUGCCAUCAAUCAGAAAAAUGCAUCUUUUCUCAAGUGUUUUGUGUCAUUUGGCCUCGUGUCUCUGUUUUGGUGACCCGUGCGCAGCUCACGCGGCGAGUUGGAUGGCUCCACUGCAGAGUGGCCCGCUACUGGCGGCUAGGCAAGCACUUAUUAGCCGCUCGUGGAUCGGCGCUGGCUCCGUCCAAUACGCCACAGCCUUACUCUAUGUGCUGCGCAUGCAUCCACACAGCAGAGACAAUUACUUAUUACGUUCGCUAGCCCACGAGAUAAUGGGAUAGCCCGCGGGCUAACGAGCUAAACAGCAGCUCCUUGGACCACGGCAAGGUUGUCCAAAACAUCAGCGCCUCAUUUGGAGUUGUUGUGUGUGGGUCUCCCCACGUACAGUAACGGGCACACAGGGAAAUUACCCGUUUAUUAAUCAUAAUUGCAGUGGCUGGCACCAGUGGGUCAGAUUUUUCCUCGCGUCGUUGACGCCCACUCCUAGGGAGAGUCGCAGCAGUGCUGAUUUUUUCCCCAUCUGCACUCAACUCUGACUGAUUCGCAAACUCACAAGCUUUCACAUUUUCCUGUCAAACAUUACUAAAAUAAUAACCUGAAAAAUGCACCCAUUCGCGUCUACGUGCUGAUUGACAAAAAUGUGCGGAAAAUGAUACUUUUUCGCAGUUGUUGUUCAGGCAGUGACAUCAGGCAAACUGCUUCCAUAGACUUGAAAUUGAUCAUUUGUGAUGACGAGGAACUUGGUGCUCUGCACGUCGCUGCUUUGCAACCGAUAAAAAUGCUUACUACUUUCCUAUUCGCCAUUUUAUUCAGUUUUUCUUCAAUGAUGCAUAGAUACGUAAUGUGCCUUACGUUCCAUAGAGGUAAAACGCUUCUCUGCUUAGACUGACUGUGAUGUCAUUUCAUGUGCUGGUCCCCCAUCUUCCGGUCUGCUUCCCGUCCCAGUGAGCAUGGCUCAGGGGGGCACACGGGGGCGCCGCUACCUGCGCGCCUUCGUGAGUGGCUUCUUUGUGGCCGUGCCCGUCACCGUCACCGUCCUGGAUCGCUUGGCGUAUGUGGCCAGGGUGGAGGGCUCGUCCAUGCAGCCGUUCCUGAACCCGGAAGGAGCGUCCGAGGGUGACGUGGUUCUGCUGAACCGCUGGAGUGUCAGGAAGUACCACGUCCAGAGAGGAGACAUCGUGUCUGUCAUGUCUCCCAGGAAUCCCGAGCAGAAGAUCAUCAAGCGCGUCAUCGCCCUGGAGGGAGACUUCAUCAGGACUCUGAGCUACAAGAAGCGACACGUGCGCGUCCCUGACGGUCACGUGUGGAUCGAGGGGGACCAUCACGGCCACAGUCUGGACAGCAACACCUUUGGCCCGGUGCGGCGAGGUGUCGGUGGCUCUCCUCCACGGCCGCGCGUCGCACAUCGUUUGGCCGCCGGGCCGCUGGCAGCGCAUCCGAGCCGAUCUCCCGCCGAACCGAGCGCCGCUGUUUACCGAGGACGACGACGACCGGUGAACGCGACGAGAGUGCACGUCUACUUGGAGCGCCUCCUGCUGGCGGGAGGCUGUGCGGUCACGCUGACGGCGAAGUAUUCGGCAUUUGGGAUGAACGGAAACUGUGACGAGGCGACGUGAAAACGGGAGAAGCUGCUGUUGCGUGGCCAUAUGACCUAUUUGUUGGUUUUUAACACGAUGGAAAGAAAAGAUCUGAAUCAUGUUGACUUGCAUCCAUUUUCUAUACAGCCUAACCUCACUUUUAUUGACAAUAAAUCAAGUUGAGGUGACUGA